UAUAAAUACAACCAAUUUCUUUUCCAUUCUUCUCAUCAUCCAUCUAUCUAUCUUUUCUCUCACUUUCACACACACAUACUUCCCAAAAGAACAUGGGCAAAGACGUUGAAGUUGGUGGUCAUGACUACGGCGCAAAAGAUUACGAAGACCCUCCACCGGCUGCCUUUAUUGACGCCGAGGAACUCACGAAAUGGUCUUUUUACAGAGCCAUCAUUGCUGAGUUCAUCGCCACCCUCUUGUUCCUUUACAUCACCGUCUUGACUGUCAUCGGCUACAAGUCUCAGACCGAUCCCGCCCACAGCUCCGACCAGUGCGGUGGCGUAGGAAUACUAGGCAUCGCGUGGGCCUUCGGGGGCAUGAUCUUCGUCCUCGUUUACUGCACCGCCGGCAUCUCCGGAGGACACAUUAACCCUGCGGUUACGUUUGGGUUGUUCUUGGCUAGGAAGGUGACACUCCCGAGGGCAGUGAUGUACAUCGUUGCUCAAUGCUUGGGUGCUAUCUGCGGUUGUGGUCUUGUUAAGGCUUUCCAGAAGACUUACUAUAAUACUUAUGGUGGUGGCGCCAACGAGCUCGCCGACGGUUACAGUAAAGGCACUGGCUUGGGUGCUGAGAUCAUCGGCACAUUUGUCCUUGUAUACACCGUCUUCUCCGCCACUGAUCCCAAGAGAAAUGCACGCGAUUCCCAUGUCCCUGUGUUGGCACCUCUUCCUAUUGGAUUUGCUGUGUUCAUGGUUCACUUGGCAACAAUCCCAAUCACCGGCACCGGAAUCAACCCUGCUCGUAGUUUUGGUGCUGCCGUCAUGUAUGGAAAAGAUAAGGCAUGGGAUGAUCAAUGGAUAUUCUGGGUGGGACCAAUGAUCGGAGCUGCCAUCGCCGCCUUCUACCACCAGUAUGUGUUGAGAGCAGCAGCAGUGAAAGCUUUAGGAUCCUUCAGGAGCAAUGCAACCUCCAGCCGAAGCCCCCUUGCUUAUGUUACAUCUUAUCUCGUCUUCCCAUCGACCAUGGCGACACCAUCAGAAAUUGAUGCUGAAGUUGCACCUUCCCCAGCUGAAAGGGAUGCUGAUUUCAUUACAAGCGAAGAAUCGAAAUUCAAUAGGCUUGAAUCGGCAACAUCGACUCCUUCCAAACGCCAAUAA